AUGAGAUCUUUGGUUGACUCGAAGACACGGUGGCAGGAUACUCUCCAGCACAGCUCCAGUCUCUCGGACCUUCAACGGGCCGUCAAGGAAAACGGGCCCAACAGCCCCUGCAUCUCAGGAUGUAGAUCUGUCUGCUGGAAAGCCUUCCUGCUGGGUCAAAUCCCCGGCAACACGGAUUGGCCUCCUGCCUUACUCGAGUCUCGGAGCACAUACUCUGAUCUGAGGGACCGCUACUUAAAAUUCAUCAAUCACCCCGAGUAUCUCACUGCCGCCUCGAGCGAUCCCUUAGCUGAUGAUGCUGAUUCCCCUUGGAGUACGCUUCGCAGUGAUGAAGUGCUUAGAGCCGAGAUUCUCCAAGAUGUCCAGCGUCUGCCAGAUGAGCCCUUCUAUCACCAGUCUCAUAUCCAGACGCUCAUCCUCGACGUGCUCUUCAUCUAUUGCAAGCUUAACCCGGCAAUAGGGGGUUACCGACAGGGUAUGCAUGAACUCUUGGCUCCUAUCGUAUAUGUCGUCGAGCAGGAUGCUAUCGAUCCGGUUGAGGCCGCCUCGGACGUUUCGGCAGACCCGGGCAUGAUAGUGAUGCUAGAUGCCUCCUUUAUCGAACACGACGCGUUCGCCCUCUUCUCAAGGGUGAUGAACCACGCAAAGGCAUUCUAUGAAGCAAACGAGACCACCGCAAAUACACCUCUGUCGACGUUGAGCCAGCUGCCCCCAACACCCUCCAUCAUUCAGAAGAGCCAAUAUAUUCAUGAAGUUUGCCUAUUUAAAGUCGACCCCGAACUUUCAACUCACCUUAAGAAUAUUGAAAUUCUCCCACAGGUCUUUCUAAUCCGUUGGAUCCGUCUUCUAUUUAGCCGCGAAUUCCCAUUUCACCAGAUGCUCGUUCUUUGGGAUACCCUAUUUUCUGUAGAUCCGUCUUUUAAUCUGAUAGACCUGGUUUGCACAGCAAUGAUAAUUAGGAUUCGAUGGGAUCUUGUCGAUGCGGAUUAUACCGCCGCAUUGCAGCUACUGCUCAAGUACCCGCCCCCUCAACCGCAGUACGGUCCUCAUACUUUCAUCGACGACGCAGUUUAUCUUAAGCGCCACCUAGACACGGCUGGGGGCUCUGCACUGAUUCUUAAAUACACCAAAAAAGCACCAUCUCCACUGGGGUUCAUCUCACGGCCAACCUCUUCUCGGAUAUCAGCCUCAACCAUACAGAAAAAACUGGCUGGCUCCAGGUCGCCCAUUUCCCCUCCUCGCGUAAAGUCGCCGCCUGCAAGCGUGGAGGCGUUGCUUCAAGGCGCGGCUAAGGGGGUUCUUGAGAGGGGAGAGAGGCUCGGUAUCAACCAAGCGGUGCGCGACGCCAUGGUGGAGAUACGCCGCAACGUCCAGGAGGCUAGGAGCUCCAUGAAGGCGGGCAGGGACCUCUUUGCCGAGCCGGGCCCGAGCCCGACGGCGCGGGCGUUUGCCGCGAUGGACCGGAGGAACAGGCGGCUGGCGGCUAUGCUGGACGAGUCUGUAUCCGCACUGAAGAGUCUCGGGACCUCCGACCUGGAUGACAAGGAGAGGCUCCAAAGCUCACUCGAGCUUGCCGCCGCCAAGAUACAGUUCGUCAAGGUCCACCUCGAGGACUCCACUGUGGCGCUCCCAGAAGAAGAGGAGACGGUCUCCUCGCUACCGUCGGCGACCCCGCCCAUUAGCGACGGCAAGGCCGACACGGGACCGCUGGGUGACGCCGCGGCGGCGGUGGCGCCCACCACGGCUAAUGACGGCCCUCGCGAUCCUACAGAUGCGAAGUCGUCGUCCCCCUCCGGCUUGCCCAAGCCUAGCAGCAAUCCCGAUAGGACAGACCCGACGGACCAGCCACCCGAGAUGACAAAGGCUACGGCCACUGCUGCAGCGUCGGCAGAUAAGGCGUUCCCGCAGCGCCCGCGUGCACUAAUCCCGACGCGGUCGUCCAUCGCGCAGUCCUCGUUCUCGUGGAUGCUGGAGCCCGACAGCACGAGCGCCAGCUCCGUCGUCGGCUCCUCUGCAUCCCCCUCGUCCGCGCUGUCCCAGCAGCCGCUUAUCUUCCCGCCCUCUAGCGUGCCGCUGACGGCGGCGACGGCUGCUGCGGGGACGCACGCGCACCGCAAGAGGCCGUCGGCGAACGCGAAGCGCGAGCGCACGGCGUUCCUGUUCGGUGAGGCGGCGGUCGAUAGCGGCGGCCGCGCCGCCUUACCUGAGGGCAUCUUCGGCCUCGAGGAGCUCAAGCGGAAAGGGGUUGGCGACGCCGGCGGACCUUAGCCAGGUUGAAUCGGAGCUCGCCUAGCUCGGGGUCGUGGUGGUGUGGAAGGUCAGGGUGGAUAUUCAUAGGGUAUACGGCUAACUAAUCGGGUUCCAACCCCGUCGAGUUGGGCUCAGGUUGGGU